GGCGAUUUCAGUGCUGCGCUAUUCUUUCCCCUGUGCGCAGAAGGAGGACGAAGUUCCGGCAUGUGUGACGGAGCGUCCAGCGAAGAGGCCGAGGCGGCGGAGUCUCUGAGCUGCAUGCCGUUUGCCACUUUAGGCAUUGGUGAUGCCCGCGAAGACACUGAUGUGCCUCAGAUAAACUCAAAGAAGAGUGAAGAAAAGGAGUCAAUUAAGAGUGAGCAAGAAAACAAGAGGAAAAAACACCAUAAAGAUUAUCAACCCAACUAUUUCCUGUCCAUUCCGAUCACCAACAAAAAGAUUACAGGAGAAAUUAAGACCCUGCAAAAUGCAAUAAUACAACAAGAUAAGCGACUGGCCAAAGCAAUGGUGGGCGAUGGUUCCUUUCAUAUCACUCUGCUAGUGAUGCAGUUAUUAAAUGAAGAUGAAGUGAACAUAGGUGUGGAUGCGCUUUUGGAAUUGAAGCCGUCCGUAGAAGACGUCCUUCGGGGCAGGCGUCUGACGUUGCCCUUCCAAGGGAUUGACACUUUCAGAAGUCAGGUUGGCUUCGUGAAGCUGGUAGACGGAGACCACAUCCCCCCGCUUUUGGAGAUUGCAGAGAUGGCACAAAGGAUGUUCCAAGAGAAGGGCAUCGUGGCUGGAGAAAACAGAAGUUUUAAGCCUCACCUGACCUUUAUGAAGUUGUCCAAAGCGCCCUGGCUCCGGAAGCGCGGGGUGAAAAAGAUAGACCCCGCAUGGUAUGAGAAGUUUAUCCACCACAGAUUCGGAGAAGAAACACUGUAUCGCAUAGAUCUUUGUUCCAUGGAGAAGAAAAAGCAAAGUGAUGGUUAUUAUCACUGUGAGUCUUCAAUCGUGGUUGCCAAGAAACCAUUUGGAACUCAAGACUUAAUUAAUGAAGCUUUGAAACAAGAAAGGAUGGGUCUGAAGUCCAAAGUGAAACAGAUAAAGGAACUUCUAUUAAUGCCCGAGACUCAGGCCAAAAUCAGGAAGGAGCUUUUUGAAGGAAGACUCAUUAGUAACAGUAAUCAAGUUGAUUUCAGUGCAACUUUGCCAUAAACCCUUCCUAGCUAUUACGGUAGCAUAGUUUAUAAAAUUUCUUCAGCUUGUUAAAUAGCUUGAUGGUAAACACUGAAGUGUUCAGACAGUUUCUAUAGAAUAGUAAACCAAUAUUGGGUGAGGAAUUAAUAAUUUCUUGCCAAAGAAAAUCGAUUUUGCCCUAUCGUUUUCUGAGCUGAUCUUGUGUUUUAGGGUGUUUGUUUUUAUACUGGUGAGUCAUUUUAUGGAAAUGACUUUUUAAUGAGCUGUUGUGAGAUGUUCAUCAGGUCCUUGCAGAACAAAAACAGACAGUGAAAAAUCAUCUGCAGACAAAACAAAACAAAACCAACAACAGUAUUUUAAGUGUCACUUGCCUCCUCUUGACAAGAUUGUUAUUAAAUCAAAAGAAGCCUCGUCCAGGUGUGUCCACAUUUAGUGUUACUUUUGAUGCGAAUUUGAAUGUUUUUUGAACAUUAGUACUUGAAUGAACAUUUAUAAAUGUAAUAAUUGCAAUCACUGGUUAAGAAUGUUUUGUAAUAUCUAUGUGUAUUAUUUUUCACUGAUCAAAAAUGUAGUUUGCUUUGUCAUUUCUUAAUGAGUAACUGUUUAGGAUUUUUAUUUUCUACUUUUCUGAAGAUAAAACCCAGGUCUUUAUGUAUCCCUUGUAAUUUGAAUUUGUUUGCACUGAUUCAUUUUUAAAGAGCAUUCUUGAAAAAUUUCUCUCCAUGUGAUGAUUAUUAGUAACAGCUUUUUCUAUGUUCACUGUAAAAUUGCUGCUACUAAUAGAUCACGACGGAGGGGGAAACGAUUGGAGAUCAAAUAUGUAAUCAUUCAAAUAUAAAAUCCAGUUUGCUUGUGGAUUUUAGCUAUUUUUUCACUGAGUAAAUUAUACUACAUUUAUUUAUAAAUGAGUUUAUGCUUUUUCAU